GAAUAAAGAACAAAACUGUCCCUGAAAACUGACGGUUCCUACGCAGCUUUCGCCUACAACUCCUGUCCGAGGCAAUGACCGAUAAAACACCGUCUCCGGAGAACGAGGAGUUUCCCGGGAGGCUGCUACAUCAGGCUGCACUAUGGGAUAAUGUCGAGCUGCUGGAGGAUCUUCUACAGGAAGAAGCCCAUCUGAUUGAUUGCCUGGACUCAUGGGGCCGCGCCCCGAUCCAUGCCGCCGCCAUCACCGCCGACUCCCGAUGUCUACCAAUGCUUAUCAAUGCUGGGGCCAAUGUAAAUGCGAUAUCCGGUCCACGAUGUGACAGUAAAACUGCACUCCAUCUCAGUGCCGAGCAUGGACACAUAAGCAAUAUCAAGGUGCUUCUGAAUGCGGGCGCCUCCUUCAUUGAGAAGGAUCGGAAUGGGCUAACAUCUCUCGAUCUCGCGGAACGCAGCGAGCACGAAGCCUGCGUAGAACUACUGAAACACGCUGCCGACACACGGGAGCAGAUGCGAAGCCAGAAGCACAGGGCUUUGCGGGAAGCAGUUUCAGCGUCUGACGAAAUCAGCGUCCAGAUGUUGCUCAAAAAUGUUGGACCGGAAGUAGAAAUGAUCGUCAACAUGGCGCCGGGUGGAGCCAAUACAUUACUAUUCAUUGCCGCUCAGUUAGGAUCGGAGCGGAUAGUGAACAUUCUACUGAAAGCGGGUGCUGAUGGCCGUGCCCAUGCCGUCACGAAGUACUCUCCGCUCUACACGGCCGUCCACAACGGCCACACGAGUGUGGCAAGUAUACUGCUAGAUCAGUUUCCAGAGUUGGUGCAACAGGUGACGGUUGAACGUUGGCUACCGUUUCAUGCAGCCUGCAUAAAUGGUCACUGCCCCGUCGUUGAACUGCUAAUCAACUACCCGUACAAUGAUGCGCUGCUCGCCAGUUACCGCGACCCGAGUGGAGAAUUCGAGUGGAAUCUACCAUUCAAUCCUAAUGCUCAAGAUGUCGCUGGACAAACGGCCCUCUACGUUGGCUGUCUGCUCGGCAAUCCGAAACUUGUGGCGAUACUACUAAAGUGGCGUGUAAAGUGCAUUCGUCAUAAACCCCCACCAUCAAAUCCAUCCGGUGGUGAAUUAGUGGACGACAUAGAUGCUAGCGGAACGGAAUUUGCUGGUUCGGCCACCGGUAAUUCCGUGACUCCGACUGCGCGGAAGAUUUCCUCUGGUCUACAGGCUAUUAUGUCUCGGCUUAGUCUAAGUAGUAAAUCGGAAUCAACUGACGAAGUGGCGACGAAUGAGGAACAUGAGUGUGUGAUGCGCUGCCCCCUCGAUCUAAACAUUCUGUGUGGAGCGGCACGCGAAACUGCCCUCUUAGCUGCCGUUCGAGGAGGAUUUCUUGAUGUGAUCACUCUGCUGCUGGAGAAUGGAGCCGAUCCGAAUGUCAUUGCAAGGGCCGUCGACGAUCAAAAUGAUCCGACGUCAUCGGAUGAAAUUUAUGGUUUUUCGAACAUUCCACUGGCAGAGGCUACACGCCAAAAGUCACUUCCGAUGGUGGAGCUGCUUCUGAAGCACGGUGCUCGCGACGAUCAAUCAAUUGCUCUCGGCAUCGCGUUACAAAAUGGUGAUGAACCGAUCAUCUGCCGACUGCUCGCAAUAAAGGCACAUCCUGAUCCAGACUAUAAGAUCAACAAACAUGCCUUCCAGGAAGCGUCGACCGGGGCAGAGUACAGCAGUUCUUCACCGUUCGCCGGGGCAGAGUACAGCAGUUCAUCGUUUGUUAAGCUUGGUGGCAACCUGACUUACAGUGCACUCUUUCCAAGUACGGCUACAAUGAUCAACUGGCACAGCAACUGCCGACUAGCGUUGAUCCGGAUGAGCUGGAUAAGUGAGGGGGUGUUGCGUUAUAACCGAAAAUUGAUGGCACACCCAAAGUGUCAUCAGCUGGCGCUGGCUGCAGUUACUCGUAUCGAUAUUUCGCACAACACGCUUACGACAUUGCCGGAGGAGCUAUUUACACUUGGCAGCUUGCGGUAUUUGAACGCGGCGCAGAACAAAAUCGAACGUAUUCCGGUCCUGGGCGUGGAGGAUGAGGCACUUGGGAGUGGCGACAGGUCGUCGUGGGUGCCUGGAAGGCGCGGAGAUACUAAACGGCGUACGGGAGUAGGUGGACUACCGGCCGGCGAAUAUCACUGUCCUGUUUUGGAGGAACUGUAUCUUCAGGACAAUCGGCUCGAAUGCGUGCCGGCAUCGCUCUUUCGUCUACCGAACCUUACUAUUCUGGAUGUUUCGAACAACAAGCUGCAACAGUUACCUUUCGAAAUAUGGAAAGCGCCAAAACUGAAAGAGCUGAACGUGGCUUUCAACUUUUUGAAAGAUUUACCAUCGUUGCCGAUAGGUGAUGUGGCAAUCGGCGUUGAUUGUGCUCGUGUUGAAUUACAUUCAUCACAGAGUCAGGGCGAAGGCGGUGGUGCUGGAACCCCAGUCGCUCUGUUCAAUCCGUACGCUGGGAAAAACUCGCCCCUAGACGAUGAUACUGAGGCGCUGGUUCGAAAUCGAAAUGUUACAAGCCUAGAUCUGGUCAAGCACAAUAUUUGGUCAAGAUCGCUCGAGGUAACGGAACAGGAGCUGCGGUUGCCAGAUUCGCGCUACGAUAGCACCCUGUCGCAGUUGAGCAGUUUGAAUUUGGCGAACAAUCUCUUCACAAGCAUACCACUUGCGUUGCCCUGUUUAGCAGUGAACCUGACACGUCUUAACCUUUCCUACAACAGCCUUCGCUCAAUGGGACAUGUUACGAGUUAUCCGGCGUCGUUAAAGCAAUUGGACCUCGGUCACAAUGAGAUUAGCUGCUGGCCGAGCUUACCGCGCAUCGCUGCCUCAGAUCCGCACCUUAUGUGUUACAACCCGCAGGAGGUAAAAAAAUCAAACAGCAUUGACGGCAACGCUGGUGGUGGGGCAAGUACGAGUAAAAUAUCCCGUGGUGGCUCCACCGGGGAAGGCGUUUUGCCCUCCAGUGUAAGUUCAGGAACCGAACUAACGACGGUAGUCAAAGCUUCUGCAAGUUCGACCAACAUAACAUCCCUGCGAACGGCUGUGCUUAAGAGCGUGUGCUGCCACCGACGCCAUCUACGGCUCGAAUCGCUGCGGACACUAGUGCUGGCAGACAACUCGCUUACGCGUAUCCAGCUCUCUACUGACGACGUAGCGACACUGGGCGAAUCGGACGAUGCCGAAUGGAGCCUGAUCGGAGUGGCUAAAGCGCGUCUCAUUUUCCCCAACCUCUCAAUGCUCGACAUCAGCAACAAUUGCCUCAAAGAGAUUCCGCCCACGAUCCACGAGCUCACUAACUUGAGUGUGCUAAAUCUGAGUGGUAACAUGGACAUUACCGAGUUGCCGCCGCACAUGGGGCUACUAUCCCGUCUGUGGAAUCUCAACACCCGCGGUUGCUCGCUGCAGGACCCGCUCCGAUCGAUGAUCGACAGCAAAAAGUACAAAACGAUGGAUGUCAUCGGCUAUUUGAAGUCGAUAUACGAAGACGCGCGUCCGUACGCUCGCAUGAAGUUGAUGGUGGUUGGGGUACAAGGCAUCGGCAAGACGAGCCUGCUGGAGCAGUUACGAUGCGAGGGACCGUCUCGAGGUAAGAAACCAGUCGACCACUGGGCGAAACGGAUGGGCCACCGCAAUAUCAACCAGAAGACUUCACGCGGCAUCAACAUGUCGACAGUAGGCGUAGAUAUUGGUGACUGGGUGUGCGAGAAGAAGGUGCGAGGCGUGUCCAACCAUGGACCGGUGGUGUUUCGCACGUGGGAUUUCGGUGGCCAGCGGGAGUAUUACGCGACGCAUCAGUACUUCUUAUCCAAACGCAGCCUGUACCUGGUGCUGUGGCGUAUAAUCGAUGGACGGCGCGGAUUGGCGGAGGUGCUACAGUGGUUGGGCAAUAUACAAGCGCGAGCUGCGAACUCACCAGUGCUGAUCGUUGGCACCCACUACGACGCUGUGGGAGAAACGCUACCGGCGCCGAAAGCGGAAGAGUUGCAGCAAAUCAUUCGCGAUCGCUUCAUAGCGGUGUCAGAUGCGGAGAAGAUCGGGCUGCCUCGUGUGCUGGAUUCGAUCGAAGUAAGCUGCCGAACGGGGUAUAACAUCAAGCUACUAGCCGGACUGAUCUACGAUACGGCAUUUGCACUACGGCCACCGGGGUGCAAGGAACCGUUGCUGUAUCAACGUGUCCCCGCCAGCUAUCUGGCACUGGAAGAUGUGAUUGGCAACAUAGCGGUUCGAUUGCGCCAGCAUGGAGCCGAUCCGGUGCUUGAUGCCGAGCGUUACCGUCAGAUGGUGACGCAUGAAAUGCAACAACGCGGCUUGAAAGGGUUCCGCGACUGGUCCGAGCUGAAUCAAGCGACGAUGUUUCUUCACGACAACGGCGUACUACUGCACUACGACGACGCAACACUCCGCGAUCUCUAUUUUCUCGAUCCGCAGUGGCUAUGUGAUAUACUUGCGCACGUAGUAACGGUUCGCGAAAUCAAUCCAUUCGCACGGACUGGCGUCAUGAAGGUGGAGGACUUGCAGCAUGUUUUCAAGAGUUCCUGUCUAGGGAGUAACAACACUCGGGGGUAUAUCGUGAGUUUGCUGAACAAAUUUGAGGUGGCCUUAUCGUGGGAUGCCCGGACACUAUUGAUACCAUCGUUGUUACCGACUGAAGAAGAUAGCUACUCUGACCAUCGGAUGGUAACGGUGAAGAUUGCCACACGUUCUAAAGGUUGGGUAUCUCGCAUUCGUCAUAAUCUUCCGUGUGAACAGUCGAUACCCGCGUACGAAUUAAACACCCUAGGAAGAAGUUCUUCCUCGCACUCGCAAACGUCGGAAGCUGAUGGAGCAGCUGCUACAGGCAGCGGUAACAUUUCCUUCGUUCAAACGGUUGUACGGUCUGAUCGCUCCAUCUCCCGAUUACUUCUUAUGUCCUAUUUUCCUUCCGGGUUUUGGUCGCGACUGAUAACGCGAGUUCUCGCCGACAGUCAGGUUGUUGAGGCGGUACGUGAUCUCUUCGCGAUGCCUAGCGAACUGCUACAGGGCGCCAACUCUGCACCCGAUGCUCACUGGGCUGUUUGGCAGACGGGUCUGGCGUUGCAUUACGGUGCCGACACAGUGGUGUUCAAGAUGCGUGAGAUUGCCGUUACUUGCCCCAUUUCGCCGUACCGUAAUCCAAUGAAUCGGUUUAAACUAAGGCAAGAUGGUGUUUGGUGUGACAUUGAUCUGACAACGAGCUCGAUUCUAGAAGUGCAUUUUCCGUGUAGUGCUCUGAAGGUUCAGCUGGCACAAGUGGAUGGCAUCGAUCUUGUGUAUGAGCUCGAACCUAGUGUCCAAUGUCUCACAAAGCUACUGGCCUUGACAGUGGACCACAUCGAUCUUCUGCUCGAGGACUGGUAUCCGACCCUCGGAACUCGCUUCGUUCACACGUCAGAGGGCCGUUUUCUGGUGACUCGGCUCGUGCCCUGCCCACGCUGCUUGCGGAAAUGUGAGGAGCGCCAUGUAUCGAACCUACCGUCGCAGGUUAAACCGUCAGGCAGCGCGGCGGGUAGUGAUCUACAUCGUAACGGUCUCAAGUGUGGCGGAAUGGUAGCGGCUGGUGGAGAGGUAAGUGGAGGAUUAAAUGAGUUGCCCGGCAUUUUGCACGACACGAAUCCAGCCAGAUUAAGUCGAAAGUCGCAGGAUUCGCUGGGAUGGUCCGAUUGCGAUUCGGGCGUGGGACAAGAGACGGUGAACAGUUCGAACGAAACGUCCAUUGAAGGAUACCCGAUAGCGUUGGCAGGUGCGAUUGAGAGUUCCGGAUCACCAAGUUAUUCCUGGAUGGUGGAGGAAUGCAUCUUGGCUGCAUACGAUCGAAAGACAGUUUCGUGCCCUAUCCACGGUGAAUUUGAAUUGAGUCGCGUCACGCCGGAUGUGAAUUUUCUCGAUCUCCCAGCGCACUAUUUGAUACGCGCCGACGACAUCGACCGCGGCCCGCUGCUUGGUCGAGGCGCAUUCGGCUUCGUGUUUAAGGCAACAUGUAGAAAGCGACACUCAGACAAUGCGUCGCCGGCAGCGACAGGGAUGACGUCGCCCGGCAACGUCGCGAUGAAGAUGCUGCAACCCGUGGCACCAGGUCCGCGAGCCCACCAAAGUGCGAUUAUCGCUUACAAAGCGGCACUCGGCAAAUGGGAACGGGACCCGCUCCAGCACGCCUGCAAAGCGUACUGUACUGCGCGCCAAGAACUGGCCGUCCUUUUAACCUUGCACCAUCCGCAUAUCGUUCCUUUGGUCGGUGUGUGUACUCAGCCGCUCGCUCUAGUUCUCGAUCUUGCCCCAAAGGGUGCGCUUGAUGCAGUGUUACGUUACUUUCGGCGCAGUGGAGCACGUAUCGGACCGUACUGUUUCCAAGCGUUGGUGUUGCAAGCUGCAAAAGCGAUGGAAUAUCUGCAUCGACGACGGGUUAUCUAUCGUGAUCUGAAAGCGGAAAAUAUACUCGUAUGGGAAUUUCCAGAACCACAUACGGAGGACCAACCUUUGAACCCCGUGCACAUCAAGGUAGCCGAUUACGGCAUCAGUCGCAUCACACUGCCAUCUGGCUCGAAAGGGUUUGGUGGCACCGAAGGAUUCAUGGCGCCGGAAAUUAUGCGUCACAACGGCGAGGAAGAGUACACUGAGAAGGUCGACUGUUUUUCAUUCGGCAUGUUCCUGUACGAGCUACUGUCCUUGCGCCAACCGUUCGAAGGUCACGAGGCCGUUAAGGAGUGUAUUCUUGAGGGCGGCCGCCCAAUGUUGAUCGAGCGCGAAACACACUUCCCGUCCUAUUGUCUUGACCUGAUGGUGCUGUGCUGGGACCAGCAACCGAAAGUACGACCCUCCGCCAGUCAGAUUGUAUCAAUAGCGACUGCACCCGAAUUUACGCAUCUAAUCGACGUUUGCUCACUGUCGCACGGUGGGACAGUGAUGGAUGGGAUCGUGUGCAUGAUUGCUACCGCGGAAGAGGAAUACUCCACCAGUGGUCCGGCGGGUCUUGGUAUGGUGUCAGGGUACGAGCUGUGGAUGCCUUGUUCGAACUCUCGUAUCGAUAUCCUGGGUGGAUCGGUGCGCGGAUGGCAACAGUACCACCGGAUACUGUGUCCCCUGGUAAAGGGCACUUCAGUUUCUACCUCGGGAAAUUCCGCAGUUAGUUUAAACAUUGCAGGCGCUUCCGCCGCGUCACAACCGGUUACACCGCACCCACCGAAGGCAAUCAACCUUACAACGGCUUGUGCUGUUGAGGGCGUCGUAUGGGUGGGUGACGCCCAGGGUAACAUCUACGCGUUUGGUGCCGCCGACUGUGCACACCUUUUCUCGUAUGCCCUCGAACCUUCACAACCGUCGCCCGUCGUAGCACUGGUUUACCUGAAAAAGUUCCAGCGUGUUGCAGCCGGGCUUGAGAACGGGCGACUCUUUCUGUUGCAUUCCAAGCUCGUCCCCAGUACAUGCGUGUCCGCCGAGGGCAGCUUCGUGUUAUCUGAACUUGGCUCGGGCGAGCGGCUCUGCUCCGUCACUGCCCUUUGGAAGUCAGAGGACGAAUGUGAACUUUGGUGCGGUGAGUGGAACGAUGUGAUCAGUGUGUUUUCACUACGUAAUUCCCACGUCUCCGGGCAGCACCACUUACGGCACUUUACCGCUCCGAUGCCGGUGCGUGGACUGACCGUGGCACUCCUGCGGGCGGCGCCGGACGACUAUAUAUUCUCCUACUUAGCACCGAGCUACAUCCUCUACCAAUGGCGCUCUACAACGAAAGCGGUCGAGAAUAAACUGGACUGUUCCAAACUAGUACCGUGCUCAGAGAGCAUGAAGAGUAUCGCCAUCGAUGAGCGGUUAAGUCCCGGCAAGUGUCAAAUCAGUGCACUAGCGGUAUUGGAAAGCGAGCUGUACAUCGGUACGACUUGGGGCUGCAUAAUUGUGGCGGAGCGGAUAAGUCUUCGACCGAUAACCGUGUUUCGGCCGUACGAGGAAGACGUGCAUUGCAUCAUUCCAAUAGUAAGCACGAGCGGGUCCGCACCGCUCGUAGUGACGAUUGGGCGAGGUUACCGUUCGCUCAUCGAGCGCUACACGGACGGGCGUCCGGAAGGGGGUGGUGUAGGCACGGGACUCCGAAGCUCCCUGAUUUCGACACCAACCACACAGGACAAACGACUGAAAGAAGCGGUGUUACGCGAUCGGUCUAAUCAUAUGCACGCCCUUAUUUGGUCUGCUGAAUAUUGGGCACCUAUAUGAUAUGGAAAGAAAGUUGCUGCAAGAGAGGUCGUUUCGGAGUUGUAGUUUUAUUUAAAUUUAGCGUUUCCUUUUUUUCUUCAUUUAUUUUAUCCUAAUCACAUGGUGAUAUCAUCGAAAUAAAUAACGAUUC